AUGUAUGCUCAGUUGCAUGUAUAAUUUUAUUUCUACUCUGAUGUUUUAUGGUUACAGUCAGCUGUUAUACUUGAAACAAUAAAUGGUGGCACUAUUGAAAUGAAUAAUUAUUAAGUCCAAAGCUUUGUAGCCAUGUAUGAAUAUUUGGUUUAAUAAGAUUAAAUUUAAGAAAAUUUGUGUCCAUUAAUUAAUACAUCAAAUAAUACUUUUAGUUCUUCAUUAAUUUCCUUUUGGAGAUCAUGUACUGUAGAGAAGGAUUGCAUAAUAAAGAAGGAUGAAGUCAAUAAAUUUACACAGUGUAUUGAAUUGUAAAAUGUUGUUACUUUAGCAUUAUUGGACAAAAUAACAGUGAUAAUUAAUUGAAAUGAAGAAGAAUCUUUCAAUCCCUAUAAAAUUUCAUAAUUACUGGGCAAUGAGGAUACCACCAAUUGCUUUAUUAUUGUGAAUAUAUAACCUGGUACUUAGAAAAAUACUCGAAU